AUGGACCUUGCAACCUUGUUCGGCAAGCUCCAAGAGUAUGAAAUGGAGCUAACUAGAAUAACCUUAAAGGAACAAGCCAUCAAGAAAAGCAAGGGAAUUGCCUUGAAAGCCUCAACACCAAGCAAAGAGAAGGAUGAGGAAAAAGAAGAUGGAGAUUCCGAAAAUGGUCUUGACGAAGAUGAGAUGAGUCUUUUCGUAAAGAAAAGAAGAUCUAAAGAUGAAGGAUCCUCACAACUUACCAUCACUUGCUUUGAAUGUGGAAAAACCGGUCACUACAAAUCGGAUUGUCCAAAUAUUCAAAAGAAAGACAAAUAUGAAAAGAAGCAAGGCAAGGAUAGAAGGAACUUCAAGAAGGCUUAUCUUGUUUGGGAUGAUGAAUCUAGUUCUUCCGAUGAUGACUCCAAGGAAGAAGCAAAUCUAUGCUUCAUGCAAGAUGGAAGACCACCGGAGAAAUCAAGCAAAGGAACUCAACAUAUAUGUCUAAUGGCAAAUGAGGACAAAAAUGAAUCUGAAACCGAGGUAAACUCAUCUUGCUCUACUCUUUCCCCUUCAUAUGAUGAGUUGUCUGACAUGUUUGAAGAAAUGCAUAAUGAAACACUAAUACAUGUUAAAGCUCUUAGAGCAUCAAGAAAGACUAUUAGUUCUUUGGAAAAACGAAUUGCAUCUUUAGAAAAGGAAGUAAAAGAGUUGAAGGAUGAAAAUGAAACUUUCAAAUUACUUGAUGCUAGCAUUGGUUGUAUUAAAUGCCUAUCUUCAAAUGAUCAUGCAUCUUCAUCAUCAUGUCAUAGUGCAUCCACUUGUAAAGUUAGAAAGAAUGGCAUUAUUGGGCAAAAGAAAGUGUGGGUUUGUUUGAAGGCUAAAAGCUCCAAGUGGUACUUGGAUAGUGGUUGCUCAAGUCACAUGACGGGAGAUGUAACUAAGUUCCAAUCGCUCACUAAGAAAGAACAUGGACAUGUUUCCUAUGGAGAUAACAACAAAGGAAAGAUUCUUGGUAUUGGAAAAGUUG